AUGCUCAGCCUUUUCGCUGAGACGUUCCCGAGUUUCCCGCAGUCACCGGUGGAGUGCAACGCGGCUGGGUGCAAGUUGGGUCAAGUGAUCGUGGUUAGAGGCACCGCUGGCAGCCAGGGGCAGCGAUCCACGGUGGCAACAGCUGGAAGCUUUGUGGCUGGUGC